AUGUUUGCUCCGAGAUCUUCAAGACCCUUGACUGUUGCUUCUUACCCUCAGAAUAAUCGUGGCCUGAGACGUAAAAAGAAAGGCGAAAAUGCCACUCCUGCUGUUAGUAUCUUGAUUGAACUGGAACGAAUUCUUGGAUUAACAACUUCAAAACCAACCGUAAUGGCAACUGCACCUUCACUUGAUCUCGUAGCAUAUGCAGCUGGUUCUGUAGUGGUAUUAUAUAACCACAAGAAAAAUAAGCAAAUCGCUUUUUUACACGCGUCAUCAAACGCUUCUCCAUCACUUGCUUUUUCUCAAACAAAUACUGCCUCAUCUUGGUCAAAUGCCUUUCCGAAUCGUCAUACAAUCGUUGGAGAUGGUGUUUUAAAUCCAUUAGGUGCUUUGGGUUUAUUAGAACCUCCUGCCAAUGCUAAUAAUGCUAAUAAAAUCGCUGUUAGCAAUAAAGCAAAGCCAAUUUCUUGCGUGGCUUUCUCUCCCGAUGGUAAUUAUUUGGCUGUGGGUGAGGCUGGCCAUCAACCACGCAUCUUAAUAUGGGAAGUUCAAUCAAGAACUCUAGUCAAUGAAUUAAAAGGUCACAAAUAUGGAGUGCUGGCGCUUCGUUUCUCUCCAAAUAUGAAAUAUAUCAUCUCAUUAGGGUUUCAACAUGAUGGAUAUUUAAAUGUGUGGAAUUGGAAAACGGCCGUGAAAGUCGCGUGUAAUAAAAUUACUACCAAAGUUCAUACUCUGGCAUUCAGUCGUAACGGAUCGUUUUUCGUUACGGCGGGUCUAAGGCACGUGAAAUUUUGGUAUUUCGACCCAAAUGGAAAUCUACCAAAGAAACCAGCUGGUCAAUCCAUACAAAAAUCACUUGUUCAAGUGCUGGACGGACGUUCUGGUAUAUUGGGAGAUUUGAGAGAUAAUAAUUUUGUUGACGCGGCUUGUUGUCAAAAAUCGGAUCACACGUAUUUUGUCACUUCUAAUGGAUUGUUAUGCAUGUUCACGGAGGGUAGGUUAAUGGAUAAAUGGGUUGAUUUGCAGGUCAAAGGCGCCUUAUCGAUUGACGUUAGCGACCAAUAUAUUGUGUGUGCGUGUACGAACGGAAUUGUAAGGUUGUUUGAACCAAUAACAUUAAAAUACAUAGGCACUUUACCGAAACCACAUCCACUAGGAGUUGAUUUAACCUUACAAACUGGAACCACCUAUUGCGUUGGUGGUCCGAAUGAUGUACAUCCAGAUACAGUUGCAGUCAAGUUGGACGCUGAAACCGGAAAACUCACUUGUAUAUAUAGUGAUCGUAGUUUUUUCAUUUGGGAUGUUAAAGACGUAAAGAAAGUGGGAAAAUAUCGAAGUUUCUUAUGCCAUUGUGAUACCAUAUGGGGUGUAGAGAUGGUUCCUAAUCGCGACUCUACGGCUACGGCAACAUCAUUACCCGAAAAUACGUUUGUCACGUAUUCCUCUGAUAAUACAAUUAGAUUUUGGAAUUUAGAUCAUAAUAAUUCCGGUUCCAAUGGUGGAAUUGAACCCGGGGCUAACAAUCUUAAAAGAAAUAUUUAUAGUAAAGAAUGUCUAAAGAUUAUUUAUGUCGAUCCCGAUGGGAACUAUAAAUCUAGUGCUGGUGUUGCUCCCACAAGUAAUGAUGCUGAAUCGUUGGAACAGAACGCGGGAAAUAUUAAUAUGCCUGUUGAAUCUAGCAUUCGUACUUUAAAAAUUAGUCCAGAUGGAAAAUUGAUGGCAUCCGGUGAUCGUGGAGGAAAUUUAAGGGUGCAUGAUCUUGAUACCUUUAAAGAAAUGACCUAUCAAGAAGCACACGAUGCAGAAAUUUUGGCUAUUGAAUUUACUGAUGGUAGUAUACACGAUACACCUUAUUUGAUCGCUACUGCGAGCCGAGACAGAAUAUUGCACGUGUUUGAUGUUAAUAGUAAUUUCAAACUAAUACAAACGUUGGAUGAUCAUUCUUCAUCGAUUACGGCUAUAAAAUUUACUAAUGAUGGUGGAAGAUUGAUUAGUUGUGGUGCUGAUAAGAUGUCUGGUGAACGUCGAUUAAAUGUGUUUAAUAUCGAAACAGGAAAGAAUGUUCGUUCUUAUAAAUCCGAUACUCCUGAAGAAGUUAACGCUCAAGACCAAGGAAGCCUUCUUAGGAUUUCAUUGGAUCCUGGGGGUGUACACGCAGUUACUGCCGGUUCUGACAAAAGUAUUAGGCUCUUUGACUUUUCGAAUGGUGCUAUAUUGGGUAAAGUAUUGGGUCAUUCAGAAUUAAUUACAGGAGUUAAAUUUACACCGGAUUGUAAACGUAUCAUAUCAACAUCAGCGGAUGGAUGUAUAUUUGUAUGGAAAGUCUCUGACGAAUUAGUUUCUAAAAUGAGACAAAAAUGGUUAGAUAGAAGUGGAGUUUUAGGUCAAUCAAUGGAAAGAAAUUCGCCUACUCUAAAAGAUAUUCUUUCACCUACCUCAUCUAUUCUUCCAAGAACAAACAUGCCAGCUCAGAGAACUCAGUCACUUAUGAUGGAUCUUCAAGUAAAUGACGAUCAAGAAACAGAAUUUACGAUAAGAAAAGGUCCUUUAAAAGCAAAGAAAUCUCUUGGAUCUCUUACGCCAGCAGAUUAUCAUACCGAAGAAUCUUCGAUAAGAUUAAAGAGACCUGCAUCAUUUGCUAAUGAUGGUACAUCACCACAUCCUAAACCUAUUCAAGUUACAAUUUCAAGACCUGUUUCGGAAUUCUCUCCAACAUCUCCAAAAUCAUCGGAAAUUGCAUAUAGUCGUUUACCUCAACCUACUUCACCUCCACCACGACAUACAGUUUUUUUAGAUCAUGUAAUGUCCACACCACCAAAUAGUCCGUUAUCACCAAGCCCUGCAAAAAGAGAGUCAUGGAAGAAGCUUGGGCUUUGGGCUAAAAAAGCUUUUAAAGAAAAAGAGGAAGAUAAAGGAAAACCCAACAAACAAGAGUCAGGAAACAUGACAUCGAAUAUUAUAUCAAAAGAUGAAUUUAACCCUGUUCAACCCGAAAAGUCAAUUAUUAAAGCGAAAUCACAAAGUAAAUUGCGUCAAAGUUCAAUUAAAUCUGUUGAUUCAAAUGACAUGAACGCUGAUGAAAUUAAUUCAUUUUCUGAUAAUACCUUGUUGGAUGAAUCAUUAAAUUUAUCACCAACUUCAUCUUUUGAAGAGAAUACGGGUGAAGAUUCAUCAAAUGACGAUAAUGAAGACACCGAAACAAUAUAUAUUGAAUCACAAGAUGAAGAAGAAUUUGAUGAAACAGUCGAGGAUGAAAGUAAUUCUUCUAAUAGACGACGUCGUAGAGGUAGUUUUGUUGGAAGUAUUAAAACUGUAGAAUUUGUAGAUGAAAGACCAAAGUCGCCUUCAGGAAUAGAUAAUGCAAGGGAAUUGGAAAUGUACUUACAAACUCCCGUUGAAAGUUGUUUUAGCGAGAUUAUACAUAAUGGCCUAAUUUCUGGAGAAAAUGAUGACAUUUCAAGGAAACGUCAGAGUCUUACGAUGAAAUUUUAUUCUGAGAGUCAACGGGAAAGCGUGAAUUCGAAUAAAGGAAGUAAUAGUUUAGUAGAAGCAUUAACUAAAAUCAUGGCUAGUCCUAAAGGAAGUGAUGUUGAAGGGAAUGAAGAAGAUUUAAAUAGUAAAGAAGGAGCUGAAAAAGCUUUAGAAACUUUAGAGGGAAAACCUGGUGAAUUGGUUAGUAAAGAGUGUGAAGCUAAUGUUGAAGGUGAAAAUCAAUCGUCUUCAUCGAAAAAUACGGCUAAAAACAAUGAUAAAAUGUCACCUUUAACAACACCUUCGCUUAAGGUGGUAAUUCAGAAUGAAAAUGGAAGUACUAUCAUUCAAGGAGGAUUCAAAGGACUUGAUGAAAAAGGCGAUGGUCUUGAACCAAUUACUCGUCGUAGUACAACGAACACCGUGGUGUCAGAAGUGAAUGAAGAUGGCGUAAUGGAAGACGUUUUAUCGUUAGCAGUUGUAUUGGAGAGAACACUUGCAGCAUACAAGAAAGCAUCAUCUCCGAAAACCAAGAACGAAUCUAUCGCAAAAUUAAUCUCCGAAAGUUUAAUAGGUAUGAUGGAUGAUAUUCAAAAAAGCAUCGGUAUCAACGUGAAUGAGCAACAAUUCCGAACAAAGAAUAGGUCGCCUGAAACGCCCGAAAUCAAUGAACCAAUUAGCGGUAAUGAUGCUGACCAUGAUGAUGUAGAAUCCAAUGUUUCUUAUUCAACAGCAUUAACAACAAAUAGUAAUUUUGUUGUUAAUGGGUUACAAUCUUCACCUCCAUUCAACAACAAUAAUAACUCAAGCAAGAAUUCAUCAACUAGAUUAUCACCAUUAUUAGAAACACAAUCUUCUCCCCCAUCAUCAUCUCAACGUCUUUUAACAUCCGAAAAACAGCAAUUAUCUGAAGGUCAUACACAAAAACUUUUAGAAAAGUACUCUGACAUGUUGGUUAAAAUGGUGGAAGAAAAGAUGUCAAAAGUUAAUGCACCAUCACAAACUAAUGAGACUACUACUUUAGUCACUUCACCUAUAAUCACAAAUGGAACGAAUGCUAAUAAUAAUCAUAUUAGUAGUAUUGCUACUAUCACCUCUAUUUCUAACGGUAAAACAACUAAAGGUAGAAGUCCAAGUGGUGGAAUUCCUAUAGGCGUUGGCAGGUCCAAAACCUCAAAAUCUUCUAGAUUUGUGUAA